AUGCGAAUACUGGAUGGAGAAUGUUCUUCCUCAGCAUUAUCAUAUCACCUUGGGUGGUCUUCUCCGCCUGGAGGAAGUGUAAUUGCUGCCCAACUGCUUGAGCUUGGAAAAAAUAAUGAAAUAGUGACUGAUCCUGUGCUUCGGCAAGAAUUGGCCUUAUCAAUGCCGAGGAUAUACUCUAUACUUAUGGGCAUGAUCAGUACAGAUGAGAUGGACAUUGUCAAGGCUGUUCUAGAAGGGUGCCGAUGGGUUUGGGUGGGAGAUGGCUUUGCAACCUUGGAUGAGGUGGUCCUUAAUGGUCCUCUUCAUUUGGCUCCCUACAUGCGCGUUAUACCUGUUGAUUUAGCAGUUUUCAGGGAUUUAUUUUUGGAGCUUGGCAUUCUAGAAUUCUUAAAGGCCAGUGAUUAUGCUAAUAUAUUAUGCAGAAUGGCUACGAGGAAAGGUUCUGAUCCUCUGGAUGCUCAGGAGAUCAGGGCUACCAUACUGAUUGCACAGCAUCUGGCUGAAGCUCCAUUUUAUGAUGAGAAAAUCAAGAUCUGUCUGCCAGAUGUGAUGUUGCGACUAAUUACUGCUUCUGACUUGGUUUAUAAUGAUGCUCCCUGGUUGAUCAGCUCGGAAGUUCCUGAUAGCAUGUUUGGUAAUGCAUCUUUGGUUUUAAGUGCUAAAGGAACUGUUCAAAAAUUUGUGCAUGGGAACAUUUCUAAUGAUGUUGCAGAGAAGCUGGGUGUCCGUUCACUUCGAAGGAUGUUGCUUGCGGAGAGUGCUGAUUCAAUGAAUCUGAGUUUAUCUGGAGCUGCUGAAGCAUUUGGACAGCAUGAAGCCUUGACAACAAGACUCAAACAUAUACUCGAAAUGUAUGCUGAUGGACCUGGGAUUCUCUUUGAGCUCGUGCAAAAUGCGGAGGAUGCAAGAGCUUCUGAGGUGGUCUUUUUAUUGGAUAAAACACAAUAUGGGACUUCCUCUGUGCUAUCCCCAGAAAUGGCAGAUUGGCAGGGCUCUGCUUUGUAUUGUUUCAAUGACUCUGUUUUUAGUCCUCAAGAUCUAUAUGCAAUCUCCCGUAUUGGUCAAGAAAGUAAAUUAGAGAAGCCGUUUGCAAUUGGUAGAUUUGGGCUGGGAUUUAAUUGCGUUUAUCACUUCACAGAUCUCCCCACAUUUGUCUCGGGGGAAAAUAUUGUCAUGUUUGAUCCCCAGGCUUGUAAUUUGCCUGGAAUCUCUCCAUCUCAUCCUGGUCUACGGAUUAAAUUUGUGGGCAGAAGGAUUUUGGAACAAUUUCCUGAUCAAUUUUCUCCAUUUCUGCACUUUGGCUGUGAUUUGCAGCAUUCAUUUCCUGGUACUCUCUUCCGUUUUCCCCUCAGGAGUGCAAAUGUUGCUUCCAGAAGCCAAAUAAAGAAAGAAGUGUAUGCACCUGAAGAUGUCAUAUCACUGUUUUCUUCUUUUUCUGAGCUUGUGUCCGAGACACUCCUUUUUCUCCGCAACGUAAAGACCAUCUCCAUAUUCAUAAAAGAAGGAGGUACUAGUGAAAUGCAACUAUUACAUCGUGUGCAGAAGCAUUCUGUUAGUGAGGCUGAAGCUGAAACCACUCCUUUUCAUAAUAUGUUCAGUUUAAUGCAUGGAAAUCAGCAAGAUGGAAUGGAUAAGGAUCAGUUCCUCAGCAAACUGAGCAAAUCUGUAGGCACAGAUUUGCCAUGGAAAUGUGAGAAGAUUAUGGUGACUGAACAAGGCUCCUCUGGUGAUAAAUCGCACUUGUGGUUAACUAGUGAGUGCUUAGCUGGUGGCCAUGUUAAGGGUAACUCUGCAUCCGUUAGUAGUAAAUCUAAUAGAUGUGUUCCCUGGGCUUGUAUUGCCUCUCAUUUGCACUCUGUAAAGCUUGAAAGAAAAUUAACCACUUGUGGAAAUAUUGAGGAAUUUUGUGCUACUACUCCUGACAUACCUCAAGUCCCUGUAACAUCCAUUGAAGAUAGAAACAAUUCUGGGGGACGUGCCUUCUGUUUUUUACCACUUCCAAUAUAUACUGGUCUUCCGGUACAUGUUAAUGCAUAUUUUGAAUUGUCAUCCAAUCGAAGGGAUAUAUGGUUUGGAAAUGACAUGGCAGGUGGUGGGAAAAAACGCUCAGAGUGGAAUAAAUACCUCCUUGAAGAUGUUGUUGCCCCAGCAUAUGGCCGCUUGUUGGAGAAAGUUGCAUUGGAAAUUGGCCCAUGUGAUUUGUUCUUUUCUUUCUGGCCAACAACAAUAGGGUUGGAACCUUGGGCAUCAAUGGUACAGAAACUUUAUCUUUAUGUUGCUGAUUUUGGUGUUCGUGUAUUGUAUACAAAAGCUAGAGGGGGCCAGUGGAUCUCAACUAAGCAGGCUAUUUUUCCUGAUUUUAGUUUUGACAAGGCAUGUGAGCUUGUAGAAGCAUUGUCAGAUGCUGGUUUACCAGUGGCGAGUGCUCCUAAGCCACUUGUGGACAAAUUUAGAGAGGUCUGCCCUUCAUUGCACUUCCUUACACCUCAGUUGCUACGUACCUUGUUAAUUCGCCGGAAACGUGGAUUCAGGGACAGGAAUGCAAUGAUCAUGACCCUUGAGUAUUGCUUACUGGAUUUAAAAAAUCCUGUUCAAUCUGAUAGUUUCUUUGGUUUACCUCUGGUACCUCUUUCCAAUGGUUCAGUCACAACAUUCGAGAAGAGGGGGGUGAGCGAAAGAGUUUAUGUUGUAUGUGGAGAUGAAUACAGUCUUCUUGCGGACUCCAUCCCUCAUCAACUUGUGGAUUGCAGAAUCUCAGAUGGUCUUUACAGAAAACUAUGUGAUAUAGCCCGAAGUGAGGAUUUCAAUUUGUCAGUUCUGACAUGCCAUUUGCUUGAGAAGCUCCUUUGGAGAUUACUUCCGGCUGAAUGGCAGCACGCUAAGCAGGUAAUUUGGGACCCUGGUCAUCAAGGCCAGCCUAGUUUGGAAUGGAUGAGACUGCUGUGGAGCUAUCUCAAUUCAUGUUGUGAUGAUCUUUCAAUGUUUUCUAAGUGGCCUAUUUUGCCUGUUGGAAAUAAUCAUCUCCUGCAGCUUGUUGAAAAUUCGAAUGUGAUCAAAGAUGAUGGGUGGAGUGAGAACAUGUCUUCACUGUUGUUGAAGGCUGGAUGCCUAAUUUUAAGGCAUGACUUCCCACUUGAACAUGGACAAUUGAAAAAUUAUGUGCAGUCUUCUACGGCUACUGGCGUUUUAAAUGCAUUACUGGCUGUUGCAGGUAACCCAGAGUACAUUGAGGGGUUGUUUAGUGAUGCAUCAGAGGGUGAGAUGCAUGAACUUAGGAGUUUUAUUCUUCAGUCCAAGUGGUUCUGUGACGACUUGUUGGAUGACCUGCAUAUUGAUAUCAUAAAAAACAUUCCUAUGUUUGAAUCAUUCCGCAGUAGAAGAUUAGAAUGUUUGAGUAAACCUACCAAAUGGCUUACACCGGAUGGUGUUCAUGAGGACAUUUUAAAUGACGACUUUGUACGAAUGGAAUCUGAGAAAGAAAGAAUCAUUCUGAGGAAAUAUUUGGAUAUCAGAGAACCAUCGAGGGUGGAAUUCUAUAAAAAUUAUGUACUCAAUCACAUGCCAGAAUUUAUUUCACAGGAUCGAUCUCUAUUUGCCAUUUUACACGAUAUCAAACUUUUGAUGGAGGAAGAUAACUCCAUCAAAACUGGGAUUUCUACAGUACGUUUUGUUUUGGCACGCAGUGGAGAUUGGAAAGAGCCAUCCAGUUAUUAA